GUUUCCUGUUGUGGGAGAAGGGCACAUUCUGCCUUGUCUUUGGGAUGCAUGCAGGCAUUGAAUGCAAUGAGUUAGUAAUGUAAAGUCUCUGAGCUCUCUGCAGUAGUAGAAUAUAGAUAUCUUUGCCUAUUUCUGCCCUUGAUGGGACCUUUAUCAUCACUCAAAGUUCAGCUUCAACUUUCCCAGAAUGUCCCAACGUAAUAGCAGAGGAGGGAGGUCCCGCCCCUCGGGCAGAGGUGUGUGGCACAACCGGCAGUACUACAAUGGGAACCCAUCAUGGGAUUAUGGCUAUAAUGCUCAAGUCUACUUUGAUCCACAUCAGUAUAGCCAGUACCAUGAACCAGCAUGGGGUCCUUACCAUUGUGAUGAAAAUUCACCACAAAGAUGGCAGAAUUAUUAUGGUGGGUAUCCCAAUGAUAGGCACUACAAUAAUGGUUAUGAGGCACAUGGCCCUAAUCCCAGAGGAAAUGGAAGAUUCAGAGGCAGACAGGCCAGGCAACAAGAUGAACCUCGGAGAAAUCGACAACCUUUGAGAAACUCGCAGCAACAGGAGGAUUCAGCAGGAGCAAGAGGAGACCAGGCAGAUAAUCAUAGAGGUGGAGAAGCAGUUGCUACCAAUUCCACUGUGCAUGUGAGGCCAAGCUAUAAAUAUAGUGGUGGUCCACGUAGGGGUGGUUCAAGGAGGACUAGGGAGGAAGUUUCACAAGUAUCACAGCGGGAAAAUCUAGUGCAACAGUUGACAAAUGGAACCUAUGAGUGCAUGGUCUGCUGUGAUCAAGUGCGACAGAAGGACCCAGUGUGGUCUUGCACGAAAUGCUACCAUGUAUUUCAUCUUCUCUGUGCCAAGAAGUGGGCCAAGUCAUCUCAUUCUGGUGAUCAAGGCUGGAGGUGUCCUGCCUGCCAGGAGUGUUAUAGGCAAAUGCCGAAUAUCUACCGUUGCUUCUGUAGUAAAAUGCGAGAGCCGGAGUGGAAUCGUCGUGAUAUUCCUCAUUCCUGUGGAGAAGUUUGUGGUCAGGAACGACCCAAUCCUCUGUGCAAUCAUUCCUGCACAAUUCUCUGUCAUCCUGGUCCAUGCCCUUCAUGCAAUGCUCAAGUGAGACGAUCUUGCCCUUGUGGUAAAGUGACAAAAGAUAUUCGCUGUGGCAUUGGGCAGUUUCUCUGUGAGGAGAAGUGUGGGAAAAUAUUGAACUGUGGAGUGCAUAAAUGCCAGAAGCAGUGUCAUCUUGGCCCGUGUGAAGAUUGUCAAGAGACAGUAAGUCAAGUGUGUUACUGUGGCAAGGAUUCCCAGUCUCUUCCCUGCAAUUCUGAGACUGCUGGUUCUUUGCACUAUGAAUGUGAGGGUAAAUGUAUGAAGACCCUUAGCUGUGGAAAUCAUGAAUGCAGCUCAAAAUGUCAUGAGGGUGAUUGUCCACCCUGUGCACUGAUCCCAUCUGUUGUACAAACUUGCCCUUGUGGUGAAACUAACCUGGCACAGCUUGAGAGGCAAUUGAAUCAAACCCCAAGGCAGAGUUGUAUGGAUCCCAUACCAACCUGUGAUAAACUAUGCAAAAGAAUUCUUUCCUGUGGACCAGCAGAUCAGAGGCAUACUUGCCAGGCCACUUGUCACAUGGGUCACUGCCCUCCUUGCUCGGGGGUCACACCUGUUCGUUGCCGUUGUGGAUAUUUAGAAAAAGAAGUUCCAUGCAAAGAACUUCAUUCCAAGUCAGAUGAGAUCUUGUGUGAGAAGCGCUGCCUCAAGCGUCUCUCCUGCUCCAGACACAAAUGCCAGCGGAACUGCUGUAUUGAUGUUGAUCAUGCCUGCCCUCAGAUCUGUGGGAAGAAAUUGUCUUGUGGUCUACAUAAGUGUGAAGAGACGUGUCACCGUGGCAAUUGUCCCCCCUGUUGGAGAAGCAGCUUUGAUGAGCUCUACUGUCAUUGUGCAUCACAGGUGAUGUUUCCUCCUGUACCAUGUGGGACAAGGCCUCCCGUCUGUGAUCAGCCAUGCCGUCGACCUCAUUCCUGUGAUCAUUCUGUGAUGCAUAAUUGUCAUAGUGAUCCUUCCUGUCCACCCUGCACACAUUUGACUGAGAAAAGGUGUCAUUGUGGUAAGGAAGUGCGAAAGCACAUUCCUUGCUUUCAGGACAGUGUUUCAUGUGGACGUCCUUGCGGUAAACAGCUGGACUGUCCAUUGCAGCACACUUGUAAGAAGCCAUGUCAUAGUGGGAAGUGCUUAGAGGAAGAGGAAUCCUGUACCCAGCCAUGUAUAGCUCCACGUCCCAUCUGUAGUCAUCCAUGCCGUACUCCCUGUCAUGAUGGGGACUGCCCAGAAUCUACUCCAUGCAAAGAGAUGUUAAAGCUUAGUUGUCUCUGUGGAAAUAGAACAGCUGUUCGACCCUGCUCCCAACAGACCAAGGAGUACAGUCAGGUGACAACAGCUCUCUUGGCAUCUCAGGUUGCUGCAGCUCAGUCUGGUGAGACUUUGGAUGUCUCCAAUCUCUUCAAGGGGGGAAUCCCCAUGAAAAUUGAGUGCAAUGAAGAGUGUGCCCGUCUGGACCGAAAUCGCCGUUUGGCAUUAGCACUUCAGAUCCAGAAUCCAGACCUGGAAAGCAAGCUUCGGUCCCCACAAUACAGUCAGUUCAUGAAGGAUAUGGGCUUGAAGCAGCCCCAGUUUGCUCAGAUGGUGCAUGAAAAGCUUGCAGAAUUGGUUCAGUUGGCCAAGCAGUCUAAGCAAAAAAGCCGCAGCUACACUUUCCCUCCAAGUGGCCGUGAAAAACGUCAGUUCAUUCAUGAGUAUUGUGAGCACUUUGGAUGUGAAUCUGUGGCUAUUGAUGAAGAACCAAACAGAAGCAUCAUUGUGACUGCUCCACGAGCCACCUGCUGGAUGCCAAGUCACAGCCUUGUAGUAGUUGUUCAACGUGAACAUGGCAAGCGAGUGAUCUCGGCUCCACCUAUUAUGAGUGAGCGCAAAAAUGCUGAAAUUACUCUGAAGGAAGCAAAAUCUGUAACAAAUGAGGGUAGUUCUCAAGCAACAUCAUCUGCAUCAAGACCAGAUGAUUCUUCUGCAGAUGCUCCCAUUGACUACUUUGACUAUCCUGGUCCCAGCUGAUUUGUGCUUUGAAGCUUCUGUUUUCCUUACCUUUGUUUUUCUUGAUCCAUACAUACUUAUCUGAGAAGAGUUUUGAGUCUGGGGAUAUUUUUGGCUUGUCAUUGGAAAAAAAACUGAAUUGCUAUA